CACUGUACCUGUCUAUUGUCAUUCACUCUUGGAAAGAAACAUACAGGAGUCGCUUACUGAAUCUGCCUGUGUGAUGGGAUAAAUACCCCGGCCUAUAACCCCACUAGGCAGGGGGUCUGAAAGGCAGACACGGAUUUAUUAGGUUAACGACAAGCAAAUCCAAAGAUGAAAAGCACGCGGAAAAUGGGUGCAGUCACCAACACAAAAGACCCCUUGCUGUCAGCGGCACCCCCAUCUUCCUUUAAACGAGCCCCCGCGACCCCCCUUUCUCUGACCGAGAUGCAUUAUGGGGAAAGUCGUUGCCAUUCGACCUCUGCAGGGCCUGCGCGGACGCAGACAGAACCCUGAAAUUCAUUAUGCGUUUAAAACCUUUAUUUAUUUCCGCAUAACCUACAUACUCUCACCAGGAGGCCAAAGCGGAAAAAACGGCAACCAGUUAUUCAGUUCGAAACAGUGCGGUAGAAAUAACAAAAUACUUUAUAUUAUAAUAAUUAGCCGGCAGGAAUUUUGUAAAGAAACUGUAGAUUAUAAUUUAUUAAGAAAAUGUCCGGAGAAAGAAACCGCAGGUCGCUGGCUUUCCGAGGAGGAGGAUUAGCCGUAACCGGUUCCAGUGGUGUCGGCAGCAGCAACAGUAACAGCUGGGAGGCCCAAGACCGACAUUUGAACGGGAACAGGCCGGAGCAAGAAGAAGAUAGGGAUCUAGGGGCAAAACGAACAUCGUUAGCGCGAGUGGAGGGUGGGGGGUCGAUCAGUGAUAGCACAGAACCAGAGGCUGAGGAAGAAGAGGACCCGGAAGGGGGUAACUGGGGAGCCGGGGACGGAGAAGAUGACCGAGUCGGUAGUGUUGGCUGGAUGUCGCUGACUGCUGGGGGAGACCGAUCCAGGGAAGGUAGCAGCUGGACAGCGGGGAAUGGCAUGAACAGCGAGGACGGCGCUGGUACAGGUUCCGGAGAGGACGACAGGGGCGAAGCGGGGAGCGGAGGAGACGUAGAGGAAACCGGACCCAGGAAAGCUUUAGUAGAGAUGAGACCACAGACACUGCUAAAACAGAAACAUUCACUGUUCCAGGGCUCCUGGUUACAUGAGUUUCCGUGGCUAAAAUUUUGCCAAGAGACGGGACUUAUGUCCUGCUCUUGGUGUCACAACAUUGGCAGCAACAGCGAUGAGCUGGUUAAAGGCAGUCGGAAUUACAAGCGGGCCUUGCUUCUGAGACAUCACCUGUCCUCGGAACAUGGGAGAAAUGACCCAACGAAACAGGACAUGGAGCUGGACGGGUCGGAGAUGGAGGACUACAGAAACAAGCCAAACGAGAACUCGUACUGCUACCAGCUGCUGCAGGAGCUGGACAAGCAGAGGAAGAGCGGCAUCCUCUGCGACGUCAACAUCGUGGUGAGCGGCCAGGUCUUCCGCGCGCACAAGAACAUCCUGGUGGCCGGCAGCCGCUUCUUCAAGACGCUCUACUGCCUGACCAAGAAAGAGAGCUGCGACCAAACCACCAUCACGCACCUGGACGUGGCCGCCGUCCAGGGCUUUUCCGUCAUCCUAGACUUUCUGUACUCGGGCAACCUCCUGCUCACAAGCCAAAACGCCAUCGAGGUGAUGUCGGUGGCCAGCUACCUCCAGAUGACGGAAGUGGUGCACUCGUGUCGGGCCUUCAUCAAGGACGCGCUCAACAUCAGCAUCAAGCAGGAAGCGCCCGACUCGGUGGUGGUGGACUACAACAAGAGGCGGACCGUGGCCAAGGACGGCAAAGGGUCGGACAAGAAGCCCAGCAACUUCUGGGCCACCAGCAUCCUGUCCAAGCUGUCCAUCAAAGCCGGCGGGAGCGUGAAGGAGGAGCCCAGCGACGUGGAGGUGUCGGCGGGCGAGGGCUGCCCGCUGGGGAGCUCCGGCUGGGGCGGGGACAACUCGUCCGAGUCGGCGGAGAACGAGCCGCAGGGCCCGGGCGCCGUGUUCGUCUGGAACGACGCGGCGACCGCCGCCGUCGCCAAGAAGGAGGCCCGGCCGGAGCCGGGCAGCGGGCGGCGGAAAAAGCAGAUCACGCGGCGCUUCGUCUACAACAUCCCGCCCGAGCCGGAGGAGGGCUUCGACGAGGGCAUGUUCAUCCAGCCCUCGGCCUCCUACUCCAGGGAGGACUUCUCCUUCCUGUCCGAGAACGCAGAGCUGGCCAAUCAGAUCCAGUACGGCUUCCUUCAGGAUUCUCAGCAAGGAGAAUCUUGGGUAAAUGGCGAGGCCUCAGACUCGGCUCUGAACAAGCUGAAAUGCCCUCACUGCAACUACAUAGCGAAGCACCGGCGGACACUAAAGCGCCACCUGAUCAUCCACUCGGGGGUGCGCUCCUUCAGCUGCGACAUCUGCGGGAAGCUCUUCACCCGCAGGGAGCACGUCAAGAGACAUUCCCUGGUACACAAGAAGGACAAGAAGUACAAGUGCAUGGUGUGCAAGAAGAUCUUCAUGCUGGCGGCCAGCGUGGGGAUCCGGCACGGCUCGCGCCGCUACGGCGUGUGCGUGGACUGCGCCGACUCGCACCAGGGGGCGCCGGAGAGCCUGGACGCCAUGCAGGACCUGGAGUUCUCCCGCGAGGACGACUUCGAGGAGACGGGCGAGGGCGACGAGGACCUGGCCGAGGAGGGGGAGGAGCCAAACGAGAUCGACCAAUCCGCAUGGGAGGAGGGGGACGCCGGCGCGGUCGGCGUCGCCCUCGAGGAGGACUAAUUUUUUUUUUUUUUUUUUUUUAAACAAAAAAAAAAAUUAUUAAUUUAACAGCUGGGAAACAAUCAAACUCCAAAGUGCUAUCAUUCUUCAUGGUUAUGCAUACAUGUACGUGUAUGGCAAAGAGAAAAGCUUUGGUAGAGAGGGACUCCAAGAUGUACAGAAUUAAGCUUCAGACUGGGGGCCUAGCGCCCUCAGGAGAAAGAGAGAAAUGUCUAUGAAAUCAGGUUUUUGGUGAUGUAUUUUUAUUUUCCUUCCUUCCAUAGAGGGCGGUGGUGUACAGCUUUUUAAUUUACAUUAGGCCAAUCAUCUUAAAGAAAAUUUUAUUAUUUAAUUUAUAAAAGAUUUUACAGAUAUUAUGUCUUAUUGAAUGAUAUUAUUUUUUUCCUCAUCGUUUUGAGUCUGCUAUUAAAGUUAUGUUUCGUUUUUGACUGUACUUCCUGUCAAAACUGAACGUAUAUUGCUAGAUGAAUAUUUAGAAGUAAAAAAGCAUUAUGGAGCGUUUGCUUACAGGAAGAUUUAUUUCUCCUUAUAGUUCUAUAUGUUUAGAUGUCCUAAACUUUUGAUUUAAAAAAUUAUUUUUUAUUUUAUUCUUUUCCCUGUUUAAAUCUUGGAACCAAAAAUCUGUUUUGUGACUCUAUAAUGCAUCGACAGCCAUAUUUAUAAUUAAUUUAUGUAGGCUGUUUUUAUUGUGCCAAACAGAACGCACACCAAGAUUUUGCAGGAAACAAACUACUGAAAAUGCUAUGAAAGAAAAACUUAAAAAAAUAAAAAUAAAAAAAAUUAAGGGGAAAUUUAUUGCUAGCUUUAUAUGAAUCACAGCAUCACAGUAACACUUUAUAAAGCAUUUUGACAUUCACUUAAAGCUUGAAUUUUGCCAAAUUAAUGAAGUUUGGUGCUGUAACGCUUGUUUCAAAAUACUGGACCUACAGCUGUAUAUGAUGUUAAUGUCAUUAAGCCUAAAUGAACUCAGAUAUAUUAAUCAGCUUUCUAUAUUACACUGUUGUGCUACGGACCGUAUCAGGUAUGCUUUUGCCAUUGUUUUUGUUUAAUAUGUACACACACACACGCACAUACGAACACACACACACGCGUAUACAAAAAACUACCGGCAGUACUGAUGUAAUGAACAUUCGCCAAGAUGGGUUUGUAAAAAUCCGGUACUGAACAUGCAAUCACAAUCACAUACGAGUCAGGUAAAUCAUUUGAGAAUUGCAGAGAGCAAAUGAAGUUAUUUAUACAGAGCAGUCCUAUUUGAUGCAUAAAAUAAAUCUACAAUCAGUUGAAUUUAUUUGAGAGAGUGGUCCUUACUGUAUUACUUUUGUAUGUCUGGUAGGAUGCAUUUCGUCCUAUUUACGCCGAAAGCUCAGAGACCGCUCAUAGAUACGCACUUACUACUUUGCAUUUACGAAAGCGCAGAUUUUUUUUAUUCGUUUCGUUUUCCCGAAAGUGGAUCUGAAUGGAGAAUGAGAUUUCUUUUCCUCUUUGGAACCAUUUUCUAGAUAUUUCUUUAUUUAAUAUAAUAUUGACUCCAAAUGCAAUCAAGACUGUUAAUUUUUAUUUGUCCAACCAAAAUUGUUCUUGAAUUAUUGUUGAAAUGAUGUAUGGAAAAGCCAGGUAAACUAUGUAGUAUAGACCCUUGCUUGUGUAUGUAAUUGUCCGAUUUAAAUGUUGUUUAUUCUAAAAUCAUUCACUUUAUCCUUGAUGCAGAUAUUGUUUUGUUUGUCCUUUUUAUUAUUGUUAUUAUUAUUAUUAUUAUUGUUAUUUUCUAUUUUUGUUUCAUCAAGCACAUAUUUUAUAAAAAAAACGUUUUGUUUGUUUGUGGGGUUCAACCUUGGAACAGCAGUUUCUGUUCAAAUGCAGUGGACACAUUGAAGUGCUAUAAUACAGAAGAUGUUUAAUUUUCCCUUUACUCGAGAUGAAAAUGUAUUUUAAAGAUGUAUAGAAGAUAUUCAUGUUCAUAUUAUUUACCUUCAAAUCACUGUGGGAGGAUAUGAAUAUAUAUAUAGAUAUAUAUAUAUAUAAAUAUAUGAAUAUAUAUAUUUAACAAGUUGAUUUACGUUCCAGAAUUUGGCUGCCGUUAACAGACGUUUAACCUUGGCCUGGCCUUUGAUUUUUCCUUUUCACCUUUCACCAUUUCCUACGCAUCCUUGCUCGUCCACGACAUCUUGUUUUGUUUUGACUCUUUAUUGAUUUAUGUAUAUCUGAUAAAUUAAGAGAAAUGUAUUGUUUAGAUUUUAUGCUGUAAAUGGACAAAAAACGGACAAGACAAAAACACUACAGAUGAACCAGUUAGUUUUUUCGGCUGUAUUUUUUUAAGCUGUCCAGAGAUGUAUUUUUCAUUGACAACGCUAUCCAGUGAUGCAAAACCGGCAACUGCCUACACAGAAUACAACAAGUCAGGUUACUCUUUUUACGUUUUGAGGUUAAAAAAAAAAAAACAUUCUACUCGUUUCUGUUUUUUCAAUUGUACUACUGUUCCUCUCUGUAAUAAAUUUUAAGAAUAAAACUUUGAUAUUGCUCAUG